UAAGGGCUUGUUAUUACCUUCAAGAACUCUCCACAGAAGGUACCAGAUGACUAUGUUGUUUUUAUUUUGGCCGCAACUGUUGUCACACUGAAAGUGAGCAUGCUGUUCGCCAAGACUGUUUGUGUUGAGGUAGUGGUGAACCUGGCUGACCACAGCAUUUGCACCUUUACCAUGUGACUGGCCUUCGUCUGCGAGGCAUGCGACAGUGCUACAUUACCAAAAACACCUGUCGAGUGUUAUUAUGACAACAACAAUACUAUUGUCACCAUAGGAACCGGUCAUGUGCCAAACAUGACGGAAUGUUUUGUAGAGAAGAGACAUGUUCUUCAGCUCUAUGUCUGCAUCAACAGCGUGUGGGAACUCAACGAAGACAAAAGUAUCGAUUUAACUGAUCAUGCUUUAACAAGGACGAAAAGAUGGGGUUUUCGAAUACGGAUUCGUUUAUCAAGGCUGAUAACUUUUGUUGGCAAUGCAAUUCCAAAUACUUUACAGUGUAUCGGGAACCUUCCGAAAUGUCUUUUUGGAGGGCGGCCUAGUGAUACAACGCCGCCAAGACUGGUAUGCCCCUUUGAUGAGCACGUCAUCGCGGACCCUAUAAUGCUAUAUGCUAGACUGUGGUGGUUGGAGCCUGUUGCCCAAGACGAUACGGAUGGCAUAAUUCAGCCCUAUCGAGUAGGUAACCCGCCAGGCAAAUCUUUCCCAAACGGCACUACAUGGAUACAGUACAUCGCGCAGGACAGGUCUAACAACAGGGCAUCUUGCCAGUUUCGCAUUAAUGUCGAAGUUAUAACCUGUUCGCAACCACCGAAGAUAGAAAAUGGCUUCUAUCUGUGUGCACCUAGCAUUUAUUACAUGCUUGGAACCACGUGUUCACACGGCUGUUACGAGGGAUUCGAAUUGGUUGGUGAACGAUAUAUAACAUGCCGAAAUACAUCAAACUGGUCUGCAUCGCCACCCAGAUGUCAACCCGUUACCUGUAAGACAUUGUCCGCCAUCAAUCAUGCGCGUUUAAAUUGCACCGACGGCGACAACUUCGGAAGUAUUUGCAGCUACACGUGUGACAAGGGGUACGAUAUGGCCCCUGCCUCCAGUAGAACCCUUGUCUGCAAUAGAUACGGCUUAUGGAGCGGACAAGGGAAACAAGAAUGUAUAGAUGUAGAACCACCCGUUCUCUUAACCUGUCCACGCACGUUUGUAGUCGGUACUGAACCAGCGGUAAACACGUCAACCGUAGCGUGGACGGAGCCUGCAGCGUUUGAUAACAGUCCUUCAUCAAUUAUAAUUCAACUUCAAUCUGCGAUUCAGUCUGGAAGCAAAUUAGUUGCUGGGAAGUACCGCAUAGAGUAUGGGAUACGGGAUCAAGCCGGUAACAAAGGCAUGCCAUGCGCGUUUGACGUCAUCGUCAAAGAUAUACAAUGUCACAGUCUUUACUCCACUCCGUACAUGAGAAUAGACUGUCCCUUUGGUUACCGAUCCGGGUUUUACUGCAAUAUUUCCUGUGACCCUGGCAAGGUUGUGAAGGGAAACGCGUUUGUGGUUUGUGACAAAAGUCCUAAAGGAUUGUACGGUUUCUGGAAUUGGCAAGACGGACAACAAGCAAUCUGCCAAAGUACGCAUAGUUGUCACCCUCUUAUACCUCCUACAAAUGGUGCCGUCGUGUGUGACAACUGGAUGGGAGGGGAAAUGUGUCAACUCCAGUGUCAAACUGGUAAACAAAUGGCCGACGAUAUGCUUGGAAAACUCCUGGUGUGCCAUUCACCAGGUGGUUGGUGGGCUCUGAAUGCGGUUCUACCACAACCACAUGUAUUCCAAGCUUGUACAAAUAUAACAAGUGCCCGCUUACUACAGAAACUGGAAGCCACGUACGAAUACAUGAUGUCUCAUUACAACGGCUCGUGUAACAACCCAGACACCCGACGACAAAUUGCUGAACACUUUAUUCUUAUUCUUAGGAAUACCACUGAAUACAAGUUAUGUGUCGACGCGGAAUGCAACGUAGAUAACGUCCAGAUAGUGUGUGGUCCUAAAGACAGACAAAAACGAGAUAUUCAGGCUUUUGAAAAAGGAACAUUGAAUAUUUCAGUUACUAUACCAGUUAACGAUUUUGAUGUUGCACAAUCUGUAAAGCAGGUAGUAUCAGAUAUUGUGCACAACAAAAUGGGGAGUAUCCAUGCGGAAAUGACGUUGCAUCUAGUGGCAUUUAAAAGUCUUGGGGUUUCCCUUCAAUGCCCCGAUGGGAAUGUAAGAGCUGGAAAUACUGCCGAUUGUGUUAUGUGCCCAGAAGGCACCUUCUAUAGCGCAGAAAACACCUGCAAUAACUGCCCGAAAGGAUCAUUUCAAGAUCAGAAAGGACAAUCGGCAUGCACCCGUUGUCCUUUUGGUGCAACGACACGUUAUGUUGGUUCUUCUUCUAGCCAUGAUUGUGAAGACGCGUGUCCACCAGGCAGUUAUUCUUCUGAUGGGCUGCAACCAUGUACACCGUGUGAGAUUGGCUCAUUUCAGUCAUCUUACGGACAAAACAACUGUGAUGCCUGCAAACACAGUAAAUCAACUGUCAGCUAUGGUAGUCAGUCUAGACUUGACUGUCAAGAGUUUGAUAUUGUAUUCCCAAUGAGUGCACGUGGUUCAAUAGCCUCGGCGACAUUGCCUCUCGCGGAAGUAAGACUGAUCUCUUCGUUUUCAUUGACGAUGUGGAUCAAAUGGGAAAGAGUUUCACGUAACGCAACGAUGACGAUUUCCUUCCUCGACGAAAGUGAAAAAGCAGUUUGGACAAUCGAAAAUCUGAAAACAAUUUCGAGCAAACAAAGAAAACUUGGUAGCAAUAAUAUGGACCUAUUAGACUCAAAAUGGCAUAUGAUAUUGAUCACAUACAACAACUGCAAUAUAUCUUACAAUAUGGAUAUGAUGGCAAUCGAAAUGCAACAUGUGGCAGGAGAAUGUAUUCCUCUUUAUUGGGCAGCCAUAAAAAUAAAGUCAGAAGCAGGCACAAUUUUUUCCUUGUCGCAACUGAAUGUUUGGAGCUCCCGACAGGUAUCACCACAAUCAAGGAAAUGUUUCUCACGUGAGAGUGGAGGAGAUAUUCUUGCCUGGAAACAGUUUGAGCGAGCUGAUCUAGAUGGAUCUUUCAUCGACUCGCCUUCUGUGUGUGAUGAUUUUAACAACUGUGUCUCAUCACCUUGUCUCAAUGGUAAUUGUACUGACGAGCUGAACGCCUUCACAUGUCAUUGCCAUGCGGGUUUUACCGGACAACAGUGCGAAGUCGACAUUGAUGAUUGUUCUGCAAACGUCUGUAUGAACAAUGCUUCUUGCAUGGAUGAAGUUACGUCUUAUUCAUGCGCAUGUUCUUCGGCAUUUACUGGCCGAUUCUGUGAGAUAGCAAUCGUCAAUGGUCAGUGGAGUGAAUGGAGCCAAUGGUCAGAAUGUUCCGCAACGUGCGGGGAGGGAACACGAUUUAGGACGCGACGGUGCAAUUCUCCUCAACCAGCAAAUGGCGGGGAUGAGUGUCGAGGUGCCGUCAAUGAAACAACUGGAUGCGACAAUAGUAAAUGCCCUGUAUGCCAGCCUCUAGGAGAAAUUGAGAACGGUACGAUCACAUGUGAUAACAUUUCCGACACAAUACGUUGUAAUAUUUCCUGCAAUGAGGAUCACGAUUUUGACUUUGUACCACUUGAAGAGUACGUAUGCGGCCCGGACACGUUUCAUAUGUGGAACUUUGAGAGUAGGUUUAAUCCCCAGCGGCGCCUGCCGAGCUGUGUAGCGGCUCGAGCCCCGGAGGCGUUAUCUGCUUCAUAUGCAGCUCGUUAUAAAGAUUUGUAUUGCUCGACCAAUGAAAUGACUUCCCUGGCACACAUGGGCAUUGAGCAUAAAAUAAAACGCGGUAUAAAAAACUUACCAUGUGUUCUGGGAAACCUCUGUUCAGUGUCGUAUACAAUAUCUAGCUGUAAUAUACAAACUCGUCGUAAGAGAGAGGCUUCGUCGAUUGGGUUCACCAUCAAGACAACGUUGAUACUCCAAAAAGGGGAGGCCAAUUCCUCUAUGAACACUCUACAGAACACACUUUUGGCAAUAUAUGAAUCAGCGAUAGAAGGGGUCUUCAAUGUGACGGUACUGGAUGACGUGUACCAAGUAGACCUGACCGGGAUGAGCUUGACUGGAGAUGUGCAAUGCAGUGGCAACGAUGUGGCCAGAAGUUUCUAUUGCAUCCCUUGCGGAAAAGGGGCAUACAAAAGCGGUGACCAAUGCAGCCAUUGCCCGGUUGGUCAAUACCAAGACGAAGUUGGUAAAGCCAGUUGUAUCUCAUGUCCAUACGGUUUUACGACGAUCGGCGAAGGCUCGACAUCUCCAUACGACUGCAAAGGUGACAAAACCAAUAACCGCAUACAAGAAGCGGCAUCCUACCUUGGCAUCAUCGCUGGUAGCUUGACGGCGACUAUCGUAGUAUUGGUAUCUCUACUUGUAUAUAGAAGGUACAGACAAUCUAUGAACAAAGUGUCAUCGAUAGCACAACUUCCAGAAAAAGACAACGGACCUUCGAACAUGAAGAUGAUAUGGAAAUCUGAAACGACCGUCAUGUAGAUAGUUUAAUAUGUAAUCGAAUUUAUUAAACAUUAAAACAAAUACCUGAAAUUAAAUUGACAGUGCAGUAUAAACAUACUGACAUGAUAUUGUGAAUAAUGUACAAAUAUAAUCAGUAAUCGGAGCUAAAAUCUUAUUAUUGCGACGCACUAAUCGGCUUAUGGUUGAUUAAAUCACGUUGUUUUAAUUAUCGUACUGAUAUAUAUAUGCCUACGGAUUAAUUAAUUGAUUAUUACUAGGUGUAAGCCAUGGUGUCAACAUAUGUACAUCGUUGUAUUUUGUUCAUAUUAUUUGAAACAUUCUCUUUCGUCUCCAGAUCAUUUAAUUAUUAAGUCGAAUUCUUAUACGGAUGCGAAUCAAAUUGUUCGUUUCCAAGUAAAUAUGAAAAUAGUUGUCAUUAUCCAAGUCUUCAGAGUAUACAGGCCAGUGGUAGCGCCAUUGUUUUAUUGUGCCAUUGAGACGUGUGCAUUAACUUAGUCAGUUUGGCAAGUUGUUACUUGCCGUAAUUAAAAGACCUUAAGCUAUUACAAAGUUUCCGUUCUUUGAAGGCAGUUGAAGUUUCACUUUAUUUAUAUUUUUAAUCGGUUUUUAUUUCAAAAUCGUAUGGAUUAAAAAUGCCAUACUUACAAGUGUGUUUCUAUCAUAACAUUUUAACAUACACGCAAAAUAAUUUAUUAUACACGAAACCCUGUCAUUUUAGGCUGUUAGUAAAUUUGUUUCAAAUUUUGUGAUACACCAUACAGCAUGCACUCUAAGUUUCAACAUUGUCUUAACUAAAUUGGCAUGUUCAGUAUUCGUUAACUGUUCUAUACUGUAUAACGUGAAACGUACUCUUGCACGAGUAUGUAUUGUUACUUAUUUGGAAGUCAUUUAAUAACCAAUCUUUAAUUGUCUUGUUAAUAACAUUUCGUUUUGUUGCAUAAUUAUAUCCAUGAUCUUUCUUAAAAAAUAAAAACAUACUUAUUUUGCUUAAUAAUAAAAGAACAUGUAUUGACAUUAUAAA